AUGUACAAACUUAUAUUUUGGCUUGAGGUUAGGUUGAAUUUGCUACUAACAUUUAUCAGUAAUUGGAAAGAAGAGUUGAACCUUCCUAAAAAGGAUACCAGACCCCAAACAGAAGAUGUUUUGAAGACAAAGGGAAAAUCCUUUGAAGAUUUCAACUUAAAGAGAGAGUUGCUUAUGGGCAUAUUUGAGGCUGGAUUUGAAAAACCUUCUCCCAUUCAAGAAGAAUCAAUUCCAAUGGCUUUAACUGGAAGAGAUAUCUUAGCAAGAGCAAAAAAUGGAACAGGUAAGACUGCUUCUUUCGUCAUUCCAUCUUUACAACAAAUUAAACCUAAGAUCAAUAAAAUUCAGGCUCUUAUCUUGGUUCCAACAAGAGAGUUGGCGUUACAAACUUCCCAAGUUGUUAGGACUUUAGGAAAGCACUUAGGUAUUCAGUGCAUGGUUACCACUGGUGGGACAUCUUUGAGAGAUGAUAUCAUGAGGUUGAACGAACCUGUACACGUAUUAGUUGGCACUCCUGGAAGAAUCUUAGAUUUAGCUUCUAGAAAAGUUGCAGAUUUGUCAGAAUGCCCAAUGUUUGUCAUGGAUGAAGCUGAUAAGAUGUUGUCAAGGGAAUUCAAGAGUAUUAUUGAACAGAUUUUAGUUUUCUUUCCUAAGAAUAGACAAUCUUUAUUGUUUUCAGCAACUUUUCCUUUAGCAGUGAAAGCUUUUAUGGAUAAGCAUUUAACUAAGCCGUAUGAAAUUAACUUGAUGGAUGAGCUUACCCUUAGAGGUAUCUCUCAAUUUUAUGCCUUUGUGGAAGAGAAACAAAAGUUACACUGCUUGAAUACCUUGUUCAGCAAAUUGCAAAUUAACCAAUCUAUAAUAUUUUGUAAUUCUACUAAUAGAGUAGAAUUGCUAGCAAAAAAGAUCACUGAAUUAGGAUACUCUUGUUAUUACUCCCAUGCUAAAAUGCCUCAGCAAGCAAGAAACAAAGUCUUUCAUGAAUUUAGACAAGGUAAAGUGCGUAAUUUGGUUUGUUCUGAUUUGUUGACUAGAGGUAUUGAUAUACAAGCCGUGAACGUCGUCAUUAAUUUUGACUUUCCCAAGACAGCCGAAACAUAUUUACAUAGAAUUGGUCGUUCUGGUAGGUUUGGGCAUUUGGGUUUGGCUAUUAAUUUGAUGAGCUGGAAUGAUCGUUAUUCUUUGUAUAAGAUUGAACAAGAAUUGGGUACCGAGAUCAAGCCCAUUCCUGCCACUAUAGACAAGUCAUUGUAUGUUGCGGAAAAUGAAGAUGCAGUGCCUAGACCCUUCAGAAUUGACGAGUUACCCAAAGGAAAUGAGACUAUUCACAAAAAAGGUUAUCACUAUAAGGGCCAACCUGAAGUGAGCUCGCAACCAAGUCAACAACAAGUAACUUCGCAAGCGCCGUCUCAUCAAUUGCCUCAAGUACCAGCUCAGCAGCAACCGGCUCCAGGAGUGCCACCUCACUUCAACGGCUACCCGCCGCAAUUCCAACAACAAUACCCACCGCAAUUUAAUGGAUAUCCGCAAUCGUUCAAUGGCCAAUAUCAGCAGCCACAACCAUACCAGUGA